AUGCCUGUCUUGUCUGUGGUGCUGGAAAAAUAUUUUAGCUUUUCUUUCCUGAGUACCUUUUACUUAGAACUAAUGUUACCUUGCUCUUUUUCUGCUUCCCGCUUGUCAGGAUUUGGUGGGCUUGAAACUACAAACUCCACUGCCAGUGGGUUUAAUUUUGGGGGUUUCGGAUUAACUGCUAAUCCUGCAGUGAAUUUUAAUAUUGGGAAUUUCGGUGUUUCCACUACCUCAACUCCACCAUUCAAUUUUGGUAACAGUCUGGCAAGUGCAGGUGCGUUUGGAGGAUUUGGGACAACUACCACCACUGCAGGACCAACAUUUAGUUUUUCUGCUCCCACCAAUACAGGCACCAGUGGACUCUUUGGUGCUACCCAGAACAAAGGCUUUGGAUUUGGUACUAGUUUUGGCACAGGAACUGGAACUGGUUUGGGUACGGGGUUGGGAACUGGGCUAGGCUUUGGAGGCUUCGGUACCCAGCAGCAACAGACCACAUUAGGAAGUGGCUUGUUCAGCCAGCCUGCUCAGACACCUGCCCAGUCGAACCAGCUCAUCAAUACAGCCAGUGCCCUCUCAGCUCCAACACUCUUAGGAGAUGAGAGAGAUGCUAUUUUGGCCAAAUGGAACCAACUUCAGGCCUUCUGGGGAACAGGCAAAGGGUAUUUCAACAAUAACAUCGCUCCAGUGGAGUUCACGCAGGAAAACCCCUUCUGCAGGUUUAAGGCUGUGGGUUACAGUUUAAUGCCCAACAACAAAGAUGAAGAUGGCCUUGUGGUCUUGGUCUUUAAUAGAAAAGAAACAGAUAUUCGAAGCCAGCAGCAGCAGCUCGUAGAAUCACUACACAAAAUUCUGGGAGGAAACCAGACCCUCACUGUCAACGUAGAAGGUGUUAAAACGAUGCCAGAUGACCAGACAGAAGUCAUCAUUUACGUUGUUGAGCGCUCGCCCAAUGGCACUUCGAGACGAGUUCCUGCAACAACCCUCUACGCCCACUUUGAACAAGCCAACAUAAAAUCAUCCCUGCAGCAGCUGGGGGUCAGCCUCUCCAUGGCCAGAACGGAGCUUUCCCCGGCACAAGUCAAACAGCUCCUGCAGAACCCUCCUGCCGGUGUUGAUCCUAUUAUAUGGGAACAAGCCAAAGUUGAUAAUCCUGAUCCUGACAAGCUUAUUCCUGUGCCAAUGGUGGGUUUCAAGGAACUGUUGAGAAGAUUGAAGGUCCAAGAUCAGAUGACCAAACAGCAUCAAACUCGAUUAGAUAUAAUAUCAGAAGAUAUCAGUGAACUGCAGAAAAACCAAACUACAACUAUGGCAAAAAUUGCACAGUACAAAAGAAAACUGAUGGCGCUUUCUCACAGAACGUUACAGGUGUUAAUAAAGCAGGAGAUCCAAAGGAAAAGCGGCUAUGCCAUUCAAGCAGAUGAAGAGCAGCUCCGUGUACAGUUAGAUACAAUUCAGUGUGAACUUAACGCACCUACGCAGUUCAAGGGCAGACUGAAUGAGCUCAUGUCCCAAAUCAGGAUGCAAAACCACUUCGGAGCAGUACGGGCUGGAGAGCGCUAUUACGUAGAUGGAGACCUCUUAAGGGAAAUCAAGCAACAUCUGAAGCAGCAGCAAGAAGGCCUAAGUCACCUGAUUAGCAUUAUAAAAGAUGACUUGGAGGACAUCAAACUUAUAGAACAUGGGCUGAACGAGAGCAUCCCCAUCAGAGGAGGAGUCUUCAGUUGACGUGGUGGAUGCUGCUGAGCUUACACAGAACAUGUUACUCAAGUUCACCUUCCAAGGCCAAAACUGGUGAGGUAAAAUAAAACACAUACCUUU